CGCGUAAAAACUCCUAGCAGAGGAUAGCGUUUUCGUCAACGAACAUUCGAACGAACCAAUAUAAAGUCACCAUAGUCGUAUAGCAGAUUCACAUUGCUAAAACAUUAUUUUGUUCAUUUCAUUUCUCAUAUCCAACUUUUGAAUAAAAUUUGAUCCUCAAACAAUUAAUCAAUCCAACAAACAAACAAAAUGGCAAGUAUCGAAGGCAAAUAUAAAUUGGAAAAAUCGGAAAAAUUCGAUGAAUUCCUCGACAAAUUGGGCGUCGGUUUUAUGGUGAAAACAGCAGCUAAAACAUUGAAACCAACAUUCGAAGUGGCCAAGGAAAAUGACCAAUAUGUUUUCCGAUCGUUGAGCACAUUCAAAAAUACCGAAAUCAAAUUCAAAUUGGGCGAAGAAUUUGAAGAAGAUCGUGCCGAUGGUAAACGAGUCAAAACUGUUAUCAAUAAAGACGGAGAUAAUAAAUUUGUUCAAACACAAUUCGGCGAUAAAGAAGUCAAAAUUGUUCGCGAAUUCAACGGCGAUGAAGUUGUUGUGACUGCGUCCUGUGAUGGUGUCACUUCGGUUCGAACCUACAAACGCAUUUAAACACAUUUUGAUCGCAACGAUGAUGGACGACUAUCCAGUCAAUCAUUCGAAAAAUUUUCCUUUAGCCCUUUUCAUUUUUUUGGUUGUCUUUUUUUGUACGAGUCAAUUUUGAAAAAAAUAAAAAUUGAAUUAAAAAUUCCAAAA